ACAGAACAUGAAGCAAAACGCAACUCGGAUGCCUACGGCCAGCGGUAAUCGGAACGGCAAAGUGGAAGUGGCUUAAUGUGUACCGCAUCGAUCAUGUUGCUGAUUCAGUUCUUCAACGGAGCUAGUUAAAAUGCAUAUGCGAUUCGCAACUUCAGACGCCUGCCAGCUUAACAGUCUUCAGUGAAACGGCAUCGCGAUUGGAAGGAUAUUAAAUAAAGUGCAACCGUGGUUUGUUUGUGCGAUCAGUGAUUUGCCAAAUAAUAGCACACUUCGUGACCAGUUUGGAUUAAACACGUGUUUUCCAGUGAGGAUAACGAUACGCAAUCGCGUAAUUUCAAUGAUGAGACUAUCCUUGGUGCCAUUUUUCCUCAUCAUCCAUCUUGCGUGCCCGCAAAUGCCAUUUGAAACCAUUUUCGAUGACAUCAGCUUUCUGUUUCUGUACGGCAACCGAUCGUCUCGCAUCCCAGAUACGACCUCGUUCCUGAAAGAGUAUGACUUCAUCGUCAUCGGCGCCGGUUCUGGGGGAUCUGUAAUGGCAAACCGGCUCAGUGAGAAUCCCAGCUGGAACGUGCUACUGCUGGAAGUGGGAAAAGAGGAAAACUUUCUGGUCAAUGUGCCACUGACUGCUGGUUUAACAACCGCCACCAAGUUUAGUUGGGGCUAUCGCUCAGCUCCAAUGCAAAAUGCGUGUAAGGGUCUGGAAAAAGGCGUUUGUUACUGGCCCAAAGGAAGAGGCUUGGGUGGAACAAGUCUUAUAAAUUUCCUCCUCUACGGCAGAGGACACGAGCGAGAUUACGACGAGUGGGAACAAAACGGCAACUAUGGUUGGAGCUACAAGGACGUCGUAAAGUACUUUGAAAAGGCAGAAAUAAUAAAAGGUCGAGAAAAUAAUUCUCAGGGAUACGUACACAUCGGGCAAAGUUCUUUCGAGACUCCAAUGUUAAGGCGUUUCAUUGAAGCUGGAAAAUCAUUGGGAUACAAUGAAAUCGACCCCAAAGCGUCGAUUCAGCUUGGUUUCUAUAAAGCACUAGCAACCAUGAACAAUGGAGAGCGUUGUAGUGCAUCCAGGGCUUACCUUAGACCUGUUGCAGGCAGACCAAAUUUGCACAUAUCGAUGAAAUCAUGGGCUACCAAAAUUUUAAUUGAUUCCCAAACGAAGGCAGCAUAUGCCGUAGAAUUCACGAAAGAUAAAAAGCGUUAUCAAAUAAAAGCUACAAAAGAAGUGAUACUCUCAGCAGGAGCUAUAGGAUCCCCUCAGUUACUCAUGCUAUCCGGAGUUGGUCCCAAAGAACAUCUUGAAUCUCUCGGUAUUCCUGUCAUUCAAGAUUUAAAGGUUGGAUAUAAUCUCCAGGAUCAUGCAACGCUUUCCGGAUUGGUGUUCACUGUUAACAAACCUGUCACCAUUCGUGAACAGGACAUGAGACAACCUGAGCAUAUUUUGAACUACAUAUUCAAUCGGCAGGGACCGUUCACGGUGCCAGGUGGAGCGGAAGGCAUCGCGUUCGUGAAAACCAAAGAUUCUGAUUUGCCAGCCGACUAUCCGGAUAUGGAGCUGGUGCUGGGAACCGGUGCUCUGAACAAUGACGAAUCCGGAUCCCUUCGACAUACCUUCGGAAUGACGGAGGAAUUCUACAGAAAAACUUUCGAAUCAGCAAGGGGACGCCAUGCCUUCGGGAUCGCACCGGUGUUGAUGCGUCCUCGCAGCCGUGGGCGGUUAUAUUUGAAGAGUACAAAUCCUUACCGCUGGCCCCAGAUGGAGGGAAGAUUUUUCGAUCAUCCGAAGGAUAUGUCUACAAUGAUUGAGGGUAUCAAGCUAGCGGUAAGGAUCGGAGAAGCGAAGAGCUUUGCUCCAUACGGGGCAAAGCUAUUAGAGGCGCCAUUCUUUGGGUGUGAGAAGGAAGAGUUUCGAAGUGAUGCUUAUUGGAAGUGCUGUUUGCAACAGGUUGGAGCCAGCAUUCAACAUCAGUCUGGAACGUGUAAAAUGGGCCCAUCAAGUGAUCCUGAAGCAGUUGUCAAUCCAGAACUGCAGGUGUAUGGCAUUCAGAACCUGCGGGUUGUGGAUGCUUCUAUAAUGCCGUUCUUGCCGGCAGCUCAUACCAAUGGAGUGGUUUACAUGAUAGGAGAGAAGGCUGCUGAUAUGGUGAAGAAGGCUUGGGCCAAUAAGGUUGAUAGUUGAUGAGCUCUCGAUGUUAUUGAAGUCCAGGUGAACAUUUCUUUAAUUUCUAGUCAUUAAAGGUAAUUGUAAAUACAUAGUAUGUUGCAUCUGU